AUGUCAACGUUUUUAACACCACUGGUUAUACCCACUAUUCCUGCAAAUGCGACAUGGUCAAAGAAUGGAACAGCUAUUGUUGGAAUCAAAGGGAAAGGCAGUAGCACCCAACAACUCAAAGAACCUUUUGGUCUCUUUGUUGAUGAUGAUGAUGAUCAAAUACUGGUCAUUGCUGACUGGGGUAAUCAUCGUAUCAUGCAAUGGAAGAAAGGUGAUACUGAUGGGCAGCUUGUUGCUGGUAGCAAUGUCAAAGGAAAUCAAUUAGAUCAACUGGAUCGCCCAGAUGAUGUAUUGAUCGACAAAGAGACGGAUAGUCUCAUUAUUUGCGAUCGGUGGAAUCACAGAGUUGUACGAUGGUCCCGUCGUACUGGCACAACACAAGGAGAAAUUCUCAUCGACAACAUCACUUGUUAUGGGUUGGCUAUGGAUGACCAGAGAUAUCUCUACGUGUCUGAAACCGAAGAAAAUAAAGUAAGACGAUAUAAACUGGCAGAUAAGAAUGAGACUCUGGUGGCUGUUGGCAGUGGCACAAUUAAUGGUCUCAAUGAACUAAACGAGCCCCAUUAUCUCUUUGUCGAUCGACAACAGAAUGUCUACGUGUCAGACGGUUUAAAUCAUCGUGUAAUGAAAUGGACUAAAGGUGCAAAAGAGAGCUUUAUUGUCGCUGGAGGUCAAGGCCAAGGGAAUAACUUGACACAAUUGAAUGAGCCUAACGGACUCUUCGUCGAUACGUUGGGUACAGUCUAUGUGGCAGAUUCGAAUAAUCAUCGUAUCAUGCGUUGGGCUCAAGGAGAAAAACAAGGCACUGUGAUUGCGGGUGGAAAUGGUCAAGGAAGAGAAGCAUAUCAACUCAACAACCCCAUUGGUUUGUCUUUCGAUCGACAAGGCAAUCUCUACAUCGUAGAUGAUAACAAUCAUCGUGUUCAACUAUUCUCUCUCGAAAAGACUCGCGUGAAUUGA